GAAAUAAGAAGCUUCACAGAUCGAGUAAGGUAGCAGGGAUCGCAGAGAGAAGAGAAACAAAGAGAAAUGAGCUUGGCUACGGCGUCGUAUCUAGCUCGACGAGCAGCGCAGAAGGAGAGGGUUAGGAUCCUCUAUAGGCGAGCACUCAAGGACACUCUCAAUUGGGCCGUCCAUCGCCACCUCUUUUACCCUGAUGCUGACGCACUGAGGGAGAAGUUUGAGACCAACAGAAAUGUGGAGGACAUUGAACUUAUUGAUAGAAUGAUUGCUGCUGGUGAAGCAACCUACAAUAAAUGGCGGCACCCUGAUCCUUACAUUGUUCCAUGGGCUCCCGGUGGGACCAAGUUUUGCCGAAACCCAACGCCACCUCCUGGGAUUGAGAUAAUAUAUGACUAUGGUCGUGAAGACAAUGACUGAACUACAAUCAUGGUCCUCGGAAAUAAAUAAAGUUUCCGCGUUGACUUCCACUCAGUUGUCUGUUUCAACUUUCACGAAUGCAGAAAUGUGUUUAGAUUUAGCAAUUGCAUUUGCUGAAACAUAGUAAUGUUGCAGAUUGCCAAGGUGCACGACAUAUGGGAGAAGACUGGUAUCAAUCUCGUUUGUGUUGUUCAAGUUAAGUCCAUUGUAGACCUUCAGAUCAGUGUUGUUGAUCUUCCUCUCGUUUGACAUAUUAAGCAUUUGACUCUUAAAACGAGCUCAAAGACAUCUCGACUUCUGAUGUUUGAUGGAUAUUCAUACCAUCUCAUUCAUUUUCCUUCCUGUAGUCUCACAUUUAGGUGAAUAAUGCUGUGAAUCCUCAGCAAGCAUUUGUAAUGCUUGAACACAGAUUCGUUUACGUUGACAAAUUGCUGUAGUCCAUAUUCCAUAAUGCCAUUUUUUUUGUGUAUC